UGGAGAAGAUGGACUUCGAUAAAGCCACUACUAUACACUGAUUAGGCUGAUGAGGGUUUUUUGUUUUCUAACCUCCCUGUAUGUCUGAUCCCAACCUACCGUUGCUGACUCCUUGCAAUCUGAAAGUCUGUUACAUUUAAGAAAGUGGGCAAGCACUUUUUCGCAAAACAUGCAGUGGAUGUGCACAUGGCGGAACAUUAGUAGACCAGCUCUGUCUUUGAAUUGAUGCUCUAAUUAAUUAAGACAUUAAAUCCACCUCAGCUUUUUUUAACAGGGACAAUGGCAGCGGUAACGAGUCCGGAAACGACACCUCAACCCCGGGUUUAUUUUCAAACACCACCCGGUACCGAAGAAGAAAUGCCACAGAAGCAAGGGCGCGUGACCGUCAAAUAUGACAGAAAAGAAUUAAGGAGGCGGCUGAAUUUGGAAGAGUGGAUAGUUAGCCAGUUAAUGAAUCUAUACGACUGCGAGGAAGAUGAAGUUCCCGAGCUGGAAAUAGAUGUGGAUGAGCUGUUGGAUCUUCCCAACGAUGUCGAGAGAGCCAUUAGAGUGAAGAUGCUGCUGGUUGACUGUUACAAACCUAAUGAUGACUUUGUUGCUGCACUGCUGGAGAAGGUUCGAGGUAUGCAGAAACUCAACACUCCCCAGAAGAAGGGCGAGCUGACACCAUGAGGUCACACCACAAACGUCACUCCAAACUCAAGAGGAGAGAUGCAGGCAUGCAGACCCAACCACAAUACCACCGUGUCUGUCAAACAAAGAUCAACGAUAGGAGCCCAGCCAAGCCAAUCUCUGCUGCAGGUUGACCACCUCAACUGUUUUACUUUGUCUUAAUACUGUUUCAGCAUAUAUUACACGUAGAGCGUGUGUGGUAGUGUCCCUUUAGCUUAAACUUCCUGUGAUGAUUUAGGGAAAGGAAUUGAAUGUUGUGGAAUGAUUGAUAUUACAUUUACACUGUACACUAAUACACUUUUUUUCUGAGCCACAUGGCUUAAUGUAUUUGUAAUCGAAUAGAAAUUUAGAAGAAAGCUGAACCCCCCCUUUUCAGUCUCACUUCCGUUGUCUUUCAUAAGGGCAAAACUUAAAACUUUGAAGGCCAGAAAGCGUUUUAUUAAAUAGGGUCUCAUAUUUUUAGGAUGCUGAUGGGAAUUAGGAUGAAGGAGGGGGGAAAUGAGAAAUGUGAACUUGUGUUUUAAUCUACCAUUUUUUUUAG